AUGGAGGCCCUGGAGGCAGAGCAGAGUUCGUGCACUGAGGAUCGGAUAGAGCACGCUGUGGAGAGGUGUCUGUGUGACCUUGGACUGGACGGUCCUGACAAACAGCAGUGGAGUGCGGGACUUUGCAUCAACCGCUGGUGUUUAGAGGAACUGGUGAAGAGAGACUCUCAAAACGUUAUCAUCCUCCUGAACAAACUACUGCAUAAAACUACGCAGGUAUUGGAGAGUUGUCAGUACGACUUGGUGGUGCCUCUUACACUCCUCUUCUUGUCUACUCUUAUAAAAGCCCCUCAUGUCGACUGCGGGCUGCUGCAGGAGGCCUACUCUUUGUUCCAUGGUUUCCUCUCGUGGCCUGAGCCCUACAGCGCUGCAUGUCUGCGCCUCCUGCUCACCCUGCGACAGGAGCUCAGGGCACCAGGUAUAUCCUUCCAAAGACUGGUGAGGACAGAGCAUGCUGUUCUGGGUCACGCUAACAGCUUCAAAAAUAUGACAAUCCUGUUAGUGAGUGCAGAUGAUGACAUCCCUCCAGAGGUGCAGAGUGUCUCCAUCCAGCUCAGUACAUCUCAGUGCUGCAGCAGAGACAUCUGCAUCACUCUUAUUCUCCAGGCUCUGCAGGCCUCACAUGGCCCUGUAGACAUGCCAACUCUGCACUCAGCACUGCAGAAAAAGACCUCUGAAGAGUUGGAACAGCUACUAGAGACUUUGACUGUUAGUAUGGAGGAGAGUGCCUCCACAGUUGACUUGUCCAAGGCCCGACAGAUCUUGCAUCACAGCAUCAGCGCACUCCAAGAAGAGCUCAUUGGAACCUCUGACAGGUCCUCCACUACAGGUACAGCUGAAGGUUUUAUGCUACCUCCACCAAAGUGUCAUGUACGGACAUGGGAUAGCGACACGUUUGAUUUUCUUCAUAAUAUUGUUUUUGGAGAAAUGUCUGACCCUGAUUCCCUCGAGGAGUGCUUCCUGAACGGAGAUCUUGAUGACACUGGUGAGGAUGAGGAAGAUGAGACAGAGUCAAAUCAACUGAGGUUUUCAAACAACCGAAUCUCCACUGUGUCCUCCAUAUCUGGAGACUCUGUGUUCUCCAACCGCUCCUUGUCCUCCAGCUGGUCUGUUUCCACUUUGUCCUGCUCUUCUGAGGUUGACAGUGACUUUAGUGAAGAACAUGGACAUGAUGGACCACAAAACCCGAGAAAUAAACCAAAGAAGAAAUCUAAAUCUAUCCUGGGUGUAGAGCGGAUUUCUUCUUUAUUUAAGUCUCCUCGUAGCCCCUUACUCUGUCGCAGGGCUCAGAGUAUGAGCUGCCGCGCUGAUCUCUCAAAGGAAAAGUCACAGUCCAAUUUCUCCAAACAGACUCCACUAUCAUCUACUUCUCCACAGAAGCACUUGUGCGUGCGUAGGAGGCCCAUCCUGAGCUGUGAUCUGACAGAGCAGGAUGAACAGGUUGUCCAGGUCAGAGUGGUGGUCUUUGGAGGGGAUAAAGAGUUGGGAAGAUUGGCUCGGGCGUACACAGACCUCCAGAAAAGGGAAGUGAAACAUGGGCGACUCACAAAAAGAUGCAAAAUACACUUCUACUUUGUUCCAACCAGAAGAACAAAAGUAGGAAGCCAAGCACUUGGAGAAAGAGUAGAUGAUGCAUCAACUUGUGUGAAUCUCUUUCCGGGACACAGCAGUAAUGUAGCACACAGGCUGGGUUUGGUGGACCCUUGGUACAAACGCAAUGUCCUCAGUUUGCUCAGCCUGUCCUCUGACAUUCUCUGUCAGAAUGUGUGUAAAGAUAGUGAUGAGUCUGGAUGCUGUGGUUCUGCUGGGCAGCAAUCUCUGCUGGCGGACAUGGUUCUGUACUACUGUCGACUUGCGGAUCAGCCUGUCCUGGUGCAGCUGUACCAGGCUGAGCUGACUCUGGCUGGAGGAGAGAAGAGAGUGGAGGUGUUUGUUCAGUCUCUGGAGCUGGGUCACUCGGCCGGAACCAGGGCGGUGAAGGCCAUGGGUGCUGCCUUCAAACGCUUGGGGAUAGAUGAUGAACAAGAGGCAGUUCCUUUAACCUUAAAUAUCACUUACAAUAAGGUCGGCAUCAGUGGCAGAAGUCGGUUGAUUGAAGUAGAUAAAGUCUGCACAUCAAUAAACGUGUACAAAGCCUGCAGCAAACAUGAGCAGCUGGAAAGUUUUAAACUGAUGUUGGCUGAGGUUUUGAAGAGGCAGUGCACCAUGUCUAAAAAGAGCUUGAAUCAGAUCUGCACAUCAGAGGUGAAGGUGGAUUGGAUCCAGGUGCAUGCUGGGAGUGAGGGUACUACUUUUGCUGUGUGUUUUGAUCAGGAUGAGAAGAAGUUCUUUCAAAGAGUCGUCAGAUGUGAGGUGUCUCUGUGCAGCAAGCCCAGCAGCUCAUCUGACUGGAGGACGUACAAGAUCUGUCCAGGACAAGUCCAGCCUCUGCAUCCUUCAUAUUGCUCCCUGCUCUGCCUGCCCCUCUGCUCUUUCUCUCCUUCUCAGCUUUGA